UCUUGGAACCAGACUCAUCCACAUUACAGCACUCUAUGCGAGUGAGCAAACACACACACACACACACACACACACACACACACACCACACAGGUGAGCUGGCACUAAAUUUUACAUUGCAGGGUGAAUAAAAAGAUCAGAAUUACAAAAUGAAAGUAUUAAUCAUCACAGUCAUUCUCCUGCUGGGGUUAGAUAUGGGACAGUCGAUUCCGUCAAAACGCUUGUCCUGCUACAAAAAGACUUUGAGAGACAGAAAGUGCAAUGACCUUGGACUGGAGAGGAUGAGACCCAUUGACUCGUUACAAAACCAUUAUUGGGAGGGCAACGAUUGUGACAUAGUGUGUUACUGUUACCCUCUCGAGCUGCUCUGCUGCCCCAGGGCAGUCUUUUUUGGAUCGAAAAUCUCCGUAGUGAUCCCGUGCGAAACGUCUGAAACUGGACCCUGAUCGGACUGAAAGAUUGUGGGAGCGAUUGAAAAAAAUCUCUUCAGGACCAAACUUUAAAGCAGCGGAAUAACAUUCUGUGCUAAUAUCUAGUUACAGCACAGUACAUUUUUAGGGCAGAGUAUCCCAUUCUGGACGUAUAUUAUUUAUACUAAACCUGAUCUAACACAUAUGAUCAAUCUAUACCCUGUCUCACCCAACAUGCCACUGUGAUAAGUAGCAUAUUGUUUAUAUAAUGAUAUAUGAUGUUUUGUGUUGUUUUGAGCACUAAACUGGUGGAUAGGUUUAUGCCACUCUGCCUUUAUAGGGUUCUGGAAUCUCAUGUGAAUUCAAACAUGGAGACUUUACAGAAAAUACCAUUAAAACAGUUUCUACGAUCCAUUUAAAUGAUGUAAAUUAUGGACAGUGCUAUAGGCUAUAGGCAUGGGGAUAUGGGGUCUGUCAGAUAUUGGACAAUGUAGUUUUAAAGGUUGUGACUGAUUUCCAAUUAUGUUUUUCGAGUGAAGGACAUUAACAUAAAACAUACCUUGAUAAGAUCUGAUUUCUCUCUAAAGAUGCCUCAUAAUCUGCCAAAGAACAUAAGCUUCCUGCCUUGUUUGCUUUACCCUGAAAUGCUAUUUGGGGGGAUUUUUUAAAAUGAUUUGUUUCAGCUGAAAGCUUUCUGACAACCAGCACACAAGCACAGAAUAUCCUAAAUGUUAGGAUAGAAUCUGGAGAUCUGUGAAUUUGCAAUACAAAAAUAAUAUACCCUAUAUUUAGAAAAGGUUAUGGACACCUGACCAUAAAAUUUGUA